CUGCCAGCAGCGCGGGUAACUGAAAUCGGAUUUGAAUAUAACAAGACUGUUCGCGUCCGGGCGGGCACCUUAAGCCUGUUACUUGUUCCGCGUCAUCCAUCUAAGUGUCCUCCAGUUGUAUCCUCCUCGCUGCACCUCGCAACUUCACAUGGGCAAACAAAUUCCUGUAUCUGAGUUCAAGCGAGAUGAGUCCCUCAGAGUUGUAGACAACCGCACUGGGAAGGAGUACACCGUCCCGAUUGCCCAUAACUCGAUUCCUGCCACAUUCUUCAAGGGCAUUCGUGCUCCUGCUGGUCCAAAUGACAGACCCGAAGACGAGACAGAACGUGGUUUACGUGUCGCUGAUAGAGGUUUUCUCAACACCGCAGUGAUCGAGAGUAGUAUAACAUAUAUUGACGGUGACAAUGGGGUAUUGCGGUACAGAGGCUACCCAAUCGAGCAACUCGCGGCCCGCUCCAACUUCCUCGAGGUCUCUUACCUCCUUAUAUAUGGCGCGCUCCCUAGCGCGUCCCAAUUGUCCCAUUUCACAAGCGAGGUCCUCCUCCACGGACCAAUACAUUCUGACGCAGAAGGGUUCUUCCGCGCUUUUAGGUACGAUGCUCACCCCAUGUCAAUGCUUACAAGUGCAUUUGCAUACCUGGGAAGCUACUAUGGGGAAGCAAAUCCGAGUCUGCAGGGGCAAGAUUUGUUCACCAAAGCUGCCAAGGGUGAUGCCGCUGCACUCCAGAACAUGGACAGGCAAAUAUUCAGGCUGAUUGGUAAGGCCACCACAUUGGCUGCCAUGGCAUAUCGUAUCCGCCAGGGCCGUGAUUUUGUCGUGCCUCCGACAGGAAUGAGCUAUACGGAGUCGUUCCUCUAUCAGCUCGACCAUCUCUCACCUACAGACCUAUCAGAACUUCACUCACACAAGCCACAUCCUGUUCUCGCAAAGGCACUCGACAUCCUCUUCAUCCUCCAUGCCGACCAUGAGAUGAACGCGAGUUCGACGACAGUACUUCAGACUGGGUCGUCGUUACCUGAUCCAUUCAGCGCCGUUGCAGCAGGAUGUGCGUCGCUGUACGGCCCACUCCACGGAGGUGCGAACGAAGCUGUUAUUCGGAUGCUUGUUUCAAUUGGCAGUCCCAAGAACGUCCCCGCCUUUUUAGAAGCAGUAAAAAAGCGCCAAAAGGUGCUAAGUGGAUUUGGCCACAGAGUAUACAAGACUUCUGAUCCGCGGUCGUUCAUCAUUCGCAAGGUGGCUGAUGAGGUGUUUGCUGUGACGGGUCCUGAUCCAUUGCUUGAUACCGCAAUGGCUCUGCAUGAUGCAGCACUAAAGGAUGAUUACUUCGUAUCCAGAAAGUUAGCUCCGAACGUUGAUUUCUGGAGUGGGCUGAUCUACCGUGCAAUGGGCUUCCCGAUGGACUUCUUCCCAGUCCUGUUCGUCGUGCCCAGAGUCGUGGGCUGGGUCGCACAUUGGCGACAGAUGAUGCUUUCUCCAUCCGGAGUCAAGAUCUGGCGCCCUCGGCAACUCUACCUCGGCCCGUCCACACGUGACUACGUGACUCUCGAGGAGCGCACGGGUGCUGUUCAAGUUGGCGUUGGCAUGGAGCCGAGUGUGAUUGAGCAUUCGGGGAUGACGAAGAGGCGGAAGUUGGCAGAGGCUGCUGGUACGGUCAAGAGUAAGCUUUGAGGUCGAAGGUGUAAUAUUCGUUUGCUUUUCAUUAUUCAUAUACCGUUGAAUGCCAACGAUGCCGCCCGAAUGUCGAGUCUCU